UACCGGAAGUUCCGCUCCGUGCUGGACUGAGACUGCUGCAGGCUCUGUGUUAUUUACGUUCCGUUGUAAUGUCCAUCUGGAGCGCCUGCUGAUAGCAGAGCAGGGUUCGACCGGUGAAUUGGAUCCGGGGUUCCGAGCUGACCAAAGUGGACGCCGGUGCAGGAGAACACUGAACCUCCAACGUUGUAUGUGUGGCAACAACAUGUCUGUCCCACUGCUCGCCGAGGCUGUGACGGUGUCCGCGGUGGAGAAGGAGACUGCGGCGGUGAUUUUCCUUCACGGUUUGGGAGACACAGGGCACGGGUGGGCGGACACCAUGACGUCAAUCCAGCUUCCGUACAUCAAGUACAUUUGUCCCCACGCGCCUCACAUCCCCGUCACUCUCAACAUGAAGGCCUCGAUGCCAGCGUGGUUUGACCUCAGGGGUCUGAGCCCAGAUGUUCCAGAGGACGAGGCUGGAAUCAAGAGGGCAGCUGAAGACAUCAAGGCCAUAAUAGAACAUGAGAUUAGGAACGGGAUUCCUCCUCACCGCAUUAUUCUGGGAGGCUUCUCACAGGGCGGGGCUUUGUCCUUGUAUACGGCCUUGACCUGCAAACAUCAGCUGGCUGGUGUUGUGGCUUUGAGCUGCUGGUUACCUCUUCACAGGAGUUUCCCGUCGGCAUCCAGCGGGCACAAGAACAUUCCCAUCCUGCAGUGCCACGGAGAGAUGGACAACCGGAUCCCCGUGCCGUUCGGUGCCAUGACGGCAGAGAAGCUGAAAACAGUGAUCAACCCUCAAAUGAUCAGCUUUAAAACCUUCCCAGGGCUCUCCCACUCAUCCUCUCCUGAGGAGAUGGCGACUGUAAGGGAAUUUAUUGAGAGGUAUCUGCCUCGGAUCUGACCUCACUCCAAACUGUGAUGAUACCACCUCGCCCUUGGCCCCCAUUCCUCACCCAGCACACCUGAUUUGAAUUUCUCCCACAGGAAAGAGCCAUGAGCACCAACUCAGUCACACAUCAGCUUGACAAUAAAAAGAAACCCAUAUAUGCCGCACACAUCUCCACCACUAAUGACAGACACUGACGCUGUCAUGAUGGAAAUGUUGGGGGGGGCUUUUAUUCUUUAGAUUGCGAGGGACAUGGAGAACCUUCCUGUAAAAUCGUCUCUCAUUUGACUCCAUUUUACCUCAUUUUGCGUCAUCACUGCUCUGCCACUGGCUUCACUUGCACUGAUUUUAACUUCAGGACUUUCAACCACUCUCCACUUAAAAAUCAAGAAGCCUGUCACAUGAUCUGUUACAGAGUUCAACUUUCUCAAUGAUGUCUUAGAUGAGUUCCACCAGAAUCUUCCCGCACAUUGGGAAACAAUUGGCGUCAGUGUUAAAAUACCUGCCUUUUCUGAAGCGAGUGAAGGAACUACCGGCUUUGAUUUCCACCCAUAGCAAUCUGAUUUGAGCGUGGCUUAAUUAGUUCAUCAUGCAAAAUAUUUGAAACAUGAUUUUCCUCAAAUGAAAUGGACAUAUCUGAAAUGAACUGUGAUCAUUAACUUGCUCAUCAAGUUAUUUAUCUAUUGUCCAAUAGGUGGCAGUACAAUAUCUCUACUUUUUGACGCCAAACGCUGGAGGUUGAAGCCUCACUGUGAUUUUCUCUCUGUGGAGCUGUAGCUGCUCACACUGGCAUGGUACCGGACAAUUGCUCACAGUUGCUCCAACCCUCCAUGGAGACAGACCACGCCAACUCAGUGUCAAUAUUUCAAAGGGUUGGACUGAAUCAUGUUCAACAUCUUGUGUUCAAACAUCACAGGCCCUGAUUCUUAAGCUGGUAUGUCGAAUAGAUGAAUGAUUUUUGUCCCACUUUAUGCCACAAUAGACGUCAUGCUUUAAAUGGUUAUCACACUUCUCGUCCAUGCACCGUUUAAUCCAAAUCCCAGUCGGAUAGAAACUCGAUGCAACUGAGCCCUGAGAAGUAACUGUUUCCCCAUGAUUGAUGGGACUGUAUUCCAUUGUGUUUAGCCUGGCUGUUCUUAAGAUGGCGGGUGAUCCAUUUCUUCUGUGACAACUAUCCAGUGUCCUGCUGUUCUCUUAGUUUUGGUUUUGCCCUGUUGAAACUGGAAGGAAGGAUAUUUGAUUGUCGUUUAAUGAAUGUCUUCUAUCUUGUUUGAAUCUCUGAUGUUUCCACGUGUUGCUCCAUUUCCACUUUCUUUGGCUUGUUUUAACUUCAUUUGAAAUGAUCAGUCUUGCAAAUGCGUGACUUUGUGAAGUUUCUAAGUUAUGAUGUCGCUGAACUUUUGAACCAUGUCUUUCUUUCAAUGAAUUUUGAAAUUCUGUUUUGUUUUUGUCGUCGUCAUCUCACCUUUUGUGUGUUUUAAUGAUGUGCAUCAAGAAAACUGGUCAAAAAAGCCACUUACUUUGCUUUCAAAAAUACCUGGAUACAGAUUAAAAAACUGGGUCAAAAGUGA